AUGGUUUGGUAUGCUGCAUUGGCAUUUGUGCACCAACUUGCUACUAACGUGGCCAACGUGCAUCGACCCGAAAAUCGGUCGGGUGCGAAAGGCUGCUUUCCCUCGAAAGAUUUUUUUUUCUUUAUUUGCGUAUCCAGCCAUAGCCUGGACUUUUCUCUUCUGCCAUCGACUUUGUGUCUUGGUGGUUUGCAUCACCACUGGCGCUUCGGCAAUUGCAUAUAUCGCUUACAAGGCUGGGUUAUCGCGUUAUCGGGAAAACCUCGGCUGGCAAUGUGCUUGCAUCUAAAAACUCAAACCGAAUCGGCUGCUGCGAUGGAGUCCUGCCACCACAACCGACCUCGACAUGUCGCCAUGAGAGACGACCGCAGACCAGGCGAUGAGCGCAGAGAUCGAGGCCGAGCUGGUCGAGAAGUGACACGCUCCCGCAGAUCUCCGUCGCCUCUACCCCGUCGACCUCGAGAAACCGAUAGAUUGUCAGAAAGCAAACCGCGCGAUCAUCCUCACGAUAAGUCGCAGCCUUCUGGCCGAGUCCACCUUAAACCCCGCGAUCGUAGCAGAGAACGCCAUCGUCGUGCAUCCCCAUCCCCUUCGCGACGCGACAGAUAUAAGGAAGACAUUCGUGACCGGUCCCGUGGGAGGGACGCUGGUGACUCCCGCCGCGAAUCACGAACCAGAGCACACAGAGAUCGCAGCCGAGGACAGCCUCGAGGCGACGGCCCUCCCUUAUCGCCAUCAACGAAGCGACCGAGAAGCCGAAGCCCAGACAGAGCUACAGUGGACAGGAAGAAAUCAAGACGAGACAACAGCUCUCGCGGUGACCACAGAGACUCAGCCCCCCCUAUAGACUUAGGCCGGAAUCCACACAACUCUCCUCCGCCACUAAGGCGUUCACCUAGUCUUGAUCGCAGAGACUUCAGAUCUAAGCCUAAAGAGAGGAGCCGUCGAAGCCGUCGUAGCAGGUCUCGCUCACCUGGCAGAGAUCGAGUGCGUGGCCGUCAGGACUAUUCCCCCCCACAUCGCCGUGGUCUUUCACCCCCACGGAGAGGCCAUCAUCAUAGAUCCCCUGCACGGGAAUCAUCUACAUCUGCCAGAGGUGACCGACGUCCGAUAUCUCCGCGUAACGGUUCCAGAGACCGUCAACGUCAAAAGCAGCCUCGAUCUCGUGCCUCUUCCCGGUCCGCUAGUAGAGGUUCGAGCAAGCGGAUGCUGCAAGGCGAGGAAUCACGACUUCCUUCAAAGUCUCAACCAUCUUCUGGUGCGAACAGCGUGGAAGUCAACAUGAGUGGUAGAGGCAACCAUAGGGGAGGCUUUGCCUCUCACCAGCAGAUGCCGGCUGCCUUCAACCAACAGUACAGUGACCCACGGCAGUUUUCUCAAUCCCCGCAGCCAACCCCAAACUCGUACAAUGCGUCCCCGAAUCAUUCACCUUAUGGCGCGGGUAGAGGGAACUGGGGUCCUCAGCAAUUUUCUCCGACACAUCAAUACCCCCCUCAGUACCCACAAUCCAACUUUGGCCCUCCAACCGGUCCUCAAGGCUCCUACAACCCGAAUCCGUCCUUCUCACCGCCACCAUCCGCCCCGACUGGACCCAUGCAGCCGUUUUCGCAAGGGAACUUCCGGGGAAACUUCCGCGGCGGAGGAGCUUCCUUUCGAGGAAACCAGUUCGGCCAGGGCCGAGGUGGCUACCGAGGCAAUGGCUUCAAGAGCGCCCAGUGGGGUUCCAAUAACCAUGGCUCCGGUUCACGUGGCCAAUUCAGCCAGUCGGAUGAUGCAAACUCGCAGCAGUCUACGACUCCAGCACCGAGUAACAGAUCGGAUGCUGGUGAUAAUGUAGCUGACAGCGAGAACCCCUUCCGGCCAUCGAAGGAUUUGCAAGUCGAAGACAAUACGUCAGAGAAAGCAACGGAGAGCGAUUCUCAACGAACUAGUAGAGCUCCUCCUGCUGGUCCGGCUGCUCAGUCAUCAUCAUCGUCGAAGUUCAGCUUUGCAUUUAAAGCGUCUUCAAAGCCUACUCCAACGGCGCCUAAGCCAGAGAUCUCUCAGAAGUUCAAUGCCGCCCCUCAACGUCGCGAUGCCCUACAGCAACAUGAGUCCAGAGAUCGUGAUCGUGAUCGCGAUCGCGAACGUGACCGUGAUCGUGAUCGUGACCGUGAUCGUGACCGGGAACGAGGCCGCGACCGUGACCGAGACCGUGAUAGGGAGAGAGACAAGGAGAAAGAGAAGGCCAUUGACCGAGACGUCCUCCGCAGCGCCCCAACCGAGCCCGCAUCGGCCAGGGCACGCCAGGACCCGAGGCAUCAGCACCCUCCUGGUCCGCGCCAGCCACCUGCGCCAAGGACACGCAAGAUUAAGAAGACUAUGAAACGGCUAAAGACAGCGCCAACGCUGCCUGAAGACUUGAAGACGUCAGACUCCGUCUACUACCGCAAACCCGGUAAUGAAUCAGUCGUGGGCUCGGGUACUUAUGGCAAGGUCUUCAAAGCUUUGCAUGUUUACACAAAAGGCUUGGUUGCUCUUAAACGCAUUCGCAUGGAAGGCGAACGCGAUGGAUUCCCCGUCACUGCAAUUAGAGAAAUCAAGUUGCUUCAGUCGUUGCGGCACACCAACAUUGUCCAGUUGCAGGAGGUCAUGGUCGAAAAGAACGACUGUUUCAUGGUUUUUGAGUACCUGUCUCACGACUUGACAGGUAUCCUCAACCAUCCAUCUUUCAAACUGGAUGCUGCCCAAAAGAAGCACAUGGCCAAGCAACUCUUUGACGGCCUUGAUUACCUACAUAAAAGGGGAGUCCUCCACCGCGAUAUCAAAGCUGCCAACAUUCUUGUUAGCAGUGACGGUAUUCUCAAGCUGGCGGACUUUGGACUGGCACGCUUCUAUGCCAAAAGACAUCAAUUGGAUUACACCAAUCGAGUGAUCACCAUCUGGUAUCGUUCGCCCGAGCUGCUACUGGGUGAGACGCAGUACGGCCCGGCCUGCGACGUCUGGAGUGCCGCUUGUGUCAUGAUGGAGAUUUUCACCCGUCAUGCCAUCUUCCCAGGCGAUGGAGGCGAAAUUAGCCAGCUAGACAAGAUAUACGCCGUUAUGGGAACUCCAAAUAAGGCUGAGUGGCCCGGCCUAGUCGAUAUGCCCUGGUUUGAGCUACUGCGGCCCAGCUACCGACGAGCCAACACAUUCGCUGAGAAGUACAAAGAGAGACUGCCACCAGCCGCCUUCCGGCUCUUGGCCGCCAUGUUCCGCUACGACCCUGCGAAGAGGCCAACGGCCGCAGAAGUACUGGCAGAUGAGUACUUCACCGUCGAAGAACCCCCACCAAAACAGGCUGUAGAGCUUGCUACACUAGAUGGUGAUUGGCACGAAUUUGAGUCCAAAGCCUUGCGACGUGAGAACGAACGCAAAGAAAAGGAAGCUCGGCGAGCCGCAGCAGCAGCAGGAAAAGACAAAUCUAGAGACAGGAAGAGAGAGAUCGAGGCUCACGACGAGCGUGGCGACGCGAAGAGAGUACAUGUCGAAGGAAAGACAGCAGCCCCUGCAGAACGCCAGAAAGUUUAG